AUGACUUUUCAUCGGUAUAGUGCUGUCAGGCCUUUGUACAGACCACUUGCUUCCAAGAGGUUGUUGCCUUGGUCGCGACGUGCUGCGAACGUCGUGCAAGUGAAGGGCACGUCGUAUGCCCAGUUCUUGGUUCCUUGCACAGGCAGCAGCUACGACCCGGACUUCCUUGAUGAUCAGAGCUUGAGGCAAGGGAAGAACCACACGGUGCUCAGGCUUGAAGGAUACCACGUCUCCAUCGUACCCUUUGUGCGAGCACGUCGUCUGAAAGAUGAGCUCAACGACCAAUUCCGUUGCAGCCACCCUCAGAUUCAUCCGUCGCUGACUCUGUCAAAGCUACGCAACCUGCAGAAGGAUCUUCGCGAAAUCACACAGACGAUGCCCGAAUUGGAUGUUUGCUCUGUGGCCUUGGCGUGGGUCUACUUCGAGAAGCUCGUGCUGAAAGAUUGCGUGCGCAAGGCCAGCCGAAAGCUCCUUGCAGGGGCAUGCCUGGUGCUUGCUUACAAGUUUCACCAGCGAGGUGAUCGUGAAAAAAUCAGGAAGCUGGCUGCCGAGAUCCGAAAAAUGGAUCGAAAGGAUCGCUUGCAGUGGGAAGAUCUUCAUGAAGCCGAGCUCAAGGUCUUUGUCUGGCUGGAGUUCAGCCUCCAUGUUCCAGCGGCAGAGGUCAUACCGCAUCUUCACAGAAUUCUCAAGGACUUGGGCAUGAGUUGGCAAGAAAUCGGUGAGGCAGGAUGCAUGCCGAGGUGCCCUGACGAUGAAGCAGAUGCACUCACGUAA